GCUGGCUACGAUCCGUGUGUUGCUGACGUGUACGUCAAAUGGGGAAGUCUUUAGCAUUUAGCCGCUAAUCUUUCGUCUCUAAACGUAAAAACCUCCGCACAGGCCGUCAGAAUGAGAUGAUCCUCUAUUCUCGGCUUUCGCGGGCAGGUAAAAUAAAAAUAAAAAACACGUGACCCCGUAACGAAGACGCAGACUGGUUUAACUCCACAUUCAUCUGAGUUGUGAGCGAAGCGUUUCAUUUGUGAUGGGGAAAAGAAAGGUGCCUGACCUGUACCGAGCGCCAUUUCCGCUCUACUCGGUCAAAGUUGAUCCGGGUUCAGGGCUGGUUAUUGUCGCUGGAGGUGGAGGAGCGUCAAAAACUGGAAUCAAGAAUGCCGUGCACUUCUUGGAGCUGCAGAGAGUCGGGGAGCACGAGUUUAGUGCAACGCUACUUCAUGCUCAUGACACAGAAACAAAAGCCAAUAUGAAUGUGGCGCUGGCUGAUGAUGUCAUCGCCGUGGGACAGGACGGCAACUGCUGUCUCAUGAAAUUCAAACACGCACAGAGCAAAACAAAGCCUGCCGCAGCAAAAGACGCAGGUAACAGUACUCAGAAGAGCGCCCGGAGGAGAGCAGGUAAAGGGGAUAAGCCUGUGCAGGACUCUGGGGACUCCACCGAGCUGAAGGAUGAGACUUCUCAGAUUCAGGUUAACGGUCUGGCUGAGGUCCAGUCUGAUGAGAACCCUCAGGACCCUCUGCAAAAGGUCGUCCGGUUCAGCCCUGACCGAAGCCUACUGCUGACCGGAGGCACUGACGGACACGUACGAGUCUGGGAGUUCCCGUCCCUAAAGAAGAAACAUGACUUCAAAGCACAUGAAGAUGAGAUAGAAGACCUGGAUAUGAGCCCCGGGAAUAAGCUGGUGACUGUGGGCAGGGACUUCAGCUGCAGUGUGUGGAGUGGAGACCAGCUCGCCAUGAGACUCAAUUGGCACCAGACCAGACCUGGGAUCGGGGACAAGACCUACCGCUACAUGGCCUGCAGGUUUGGUGCGGUGGAGGACCAGAAAGAGGCGCUGCGGCUCUACACGGUGCAGAUCCCUCACAAACGUGACAGGAAGCCCCCGCCCUGCUUCAUCACUAAAUGGGACGGCAAGAGCUUCCUGCCCAUGCUCACUGCCCCAUGUGGCUCGGACGUCAUAUCUACGCUCGCUGUCAGUGACUCUGGGACGUUUCUGGGUUUGGGGACCGUCACCGGAUCGGUCGCCAUUUACAUCGCAUUUUCUCUGCAGAAGCUGUAUUAUGUUCAAGAGUCCCAUGGGAUCGUAGUCACUGACGUGGCCUUCCUGCCAGACUCACCGCGGGGCAGACAGCUGAGAGGGAACCACGAAGCGGCCAUGUUGAGCGUGGCAGUGGACAGCCGCUGCCAACUGCACGUGCUCAACAACCGGAGGUCGUGUCCACUGUGGCUGGUGCUCGUCUCCUGUGGUCUGAUGGUCGUCAUGGUGAUUCUGCUUCUUCAGAACCUGUUUCCCGGGUUCCUCUGAUCCUCCGUCCGACUGAGAGACUUUACAUCCUCUGAAAGAAAAAACACACAUUUAAAAACGACACAGAUCUCACUGCAAAAAUGAAUGUUGAGAUCAGUUCAAAUGACUUGACUUCUCCAUAUUUAUCUUAAUUGUAGCCAUUUUAUCCAUUAAGUUGGUACCGCUGUAUAAUAACUACACCUUAGUUAGCGUGACAGUGGCUCAGUGGGUAGAGCAGUGUCCCCCCAACCCCAAGGUUGGAGUAUCCAUUCCCAGGCGGACCAAGUUCUGUCAUUGUGUUCUUAGGCAAGACUCUUCACCUCACUGCCUAGUAUGAACGUGGUGUGUCUGCUGGGUGUUGGUGGUGGGAGGGGCUAAUGACGCAUAUCGGCAGCCUCGCUUCCAUCAGUUUGUCCCAGGGCAGCUGUGGCUAACCAUCAGUGAGUGUGGAGUGAAUAAAGACAAAGCGCGGAGCUUUGAGAGGCUUUGUUUAAAGCCCAUGAUGAGUGUAAGGCAUGAUUAUAACGUGUAGUUAUUAUAAAGUGUUACGUUAAGUUCAGUUUAAAUUUCAAAACAUGAACUUGCACUUUACACAUAGAAAUACAGUGGUCCCUCAUUUAUGGCAGGGGGUAAGUUCCAAAAAUAACACACAAAAGGCGAAAUCUGCAAAGUAGUCAGAUUUAUUUUUUACAAUUCUAUAUGUUUUGCAGCUGUAAAACCCCUCACCACACACUUUAUACACUUUUCUCAGACAGGCAUUAACAUUUCCUCACAUUUCUCUCUUGUUUAAACACUUUCAAAGUUCAAACCUUCAUAUAUUAUAUCCGUCUUCCUUGAUGAUCACAUUAAAUGUGUUUUUCACAUGCCUCUGCUCCAGUGGUAUCCACAGAGGCGCCUCUGUGCAGAGAAACACUUAAGUCAAAAGCGUUUCUGAACUUUGUCGGUGCACAACGUUUCAUCGACAUUGUGGGUUUUGUCGGGGAGAAAACUUGAAAACUUACAGCACAUUUGGCUGACCGCAUUCUGUACUGUACAGCAGACAAGGCACAGAGGAGACUGAUUGGUUAAGGGACUGUAGACCAUUGUCAACCAGGACGCAGAACACUGCACAUUCACACACUGUUAAAAAAAAAAGCAUGCAAAAUUCCACACAAAAAAAAUUCCCCGAAACUGUGAGAUCGCGAAAGGUGAACUGCAAUUUAGUGAGGGGCCACUGUAAUUGAUCUUAAUAUUUUCACUAUGCAUGUUUUCUGGGGGCGAGUCCCAAUGUUCCACAGUGUGCUUUAAAGGCAUCCAUCUUUCUUUCAGUUAGAUUUUAUUUAUUAAUUUGGUUUGUUAGAGUUGCAGCUUUUCUCCAUGGAGAUUGCAAAGUUCGAUCCCAUUUAGUGGAACAUUACAGACAAAAAUGUGUCGUGCCUCCUCAAAACGACCUGAAAUCAAGUCAUUUUAAGCUGAAUCUGUUUUUUUUUCCAGUGUAAAUUGUCAUUUUAAUGUCACUCAAAGCUGACCUCAGGAUUAUGGACUGCACAGUGGACUCGUUUUCAUUCUCUGAAGUCUUAUUUUGUUUUUUGUGUACGGGAUAAUGGAAGAUUUUAUUGGAGUAUAUAUUGUAAAAAUGUAAAAAGUCUCACAAAUGUUUAGCUGUUUAAAUAUGCAAAUACAGGUGACCCUAAGACUUAAACGACAUAUUCAGAAUAAUCAUUUCGUCAUGUGUGGCGCUAGUUCCUCUGAUCAUUCACCACAUUCAUACAGAAGGUGGGUGACGUGUCUUGCCCAAGGACACAACAAUAUGUGAAUUCAGAGCUAGGAUCAUGAGAUGAGGAUUUUAUCACUUUUAAUGUAAAUUAUCUUGAAAUAAGGAAAAUUAUGAUUGAACCUGUGAAAUCUGUUAAGACAAUAAUAAAUAUUCUGAAACAAAGGUGCUGUAAGAAGCAGAGAAAAUGGAUCUGCACAUGAACUUUAUUUGGACCUGGUUUAGUCCUAGUUUAGUCCUGGGUUAGUCCUGGCUUUGGUCCAGAAUGAAGUCUUAAAUUCAAAAUGUAGCAUUAAUUUCAAUAUUUUAACAUUUGACUGGAAUUUCUCACAUAGAAACAAUCGGGUGACACCACCAGGCCAAGAUACAGUUCAGAUCUGUGAAGAGGCAAGCCCACUUACCAUAAGAAAUGAUGAAUGUUGGUCAUCAAGGUAUUCAUCAGCAAUAAAAGCACCUGUGAUUGAAUAAAUGCACGAGAGAGCAUUUUAAUACUGUAGAAUGUUCCAGACAAAGCAAAAUCUCCAUCUCCAUGGAGAAAAGUUAUAUUGGGGAACAUUGAUAGUGUUUUCAGUGUGUUGCACAAAUGAAGGUAAAUGACAGUACUAGUCCUGAUCUGUGAAGCCCUGUUAUUUAAAAAUUACUUUUAAUUAUGAAUAAAAUGGAGUUGGAUGAUGC